GAAGAAGCAAAGAAAAAAAGAAAGAGAAGUCACACUGACACAUACACUACAGUAUAACCAUUGGCAUUGACGCCAACACCAAUCUUCAUCCACCAUUCUCUGGAACAACCAGUCAGCGUCCAUGCCUCCGGCUUCAAGAAGGAAAGCAAAACAAGCCAAGAAACUUAAAACUUUGACCAUUCUCAACCACCAUUCUCCUCCUUCUGAUCAAUUCCAAGGGGCAGCUGUUUCACCAAACCACGGCCAGAAAAUGGAAGGAUCGCUCAAUGUAACAUUACAAGACAGCCACAAAGUAGAAACACAAACUUCCGGUGAAGAUAAGAAGGUGGUUGUUGAAGUUGAUGAAGAAGAGGCACCACAAAGUGUGGAGAAUAAGGAGCUGGUUGAGUCAGGCAAAGUUGAAGAUGUACAAGAAGAUGUUUCUGAAUCAGUUGGUGAGACUUUUGAGCCUGAUACUGUGAAAGAUGCUCAAGUUGAGAAUACAAUGGAAUCAGAUACUAUAGAGUUGGAACUGAAGAAAGAGAAAGGGAAAGGUUUUCUAUCUGAUCUAGCUGUGGAUAAUCAUGAGGUGAAGGAAACAGAUUUUCCCUUUUCAGAGAACAAUAAUGAGCUUUUUUCAGUUUCAGGAAAUGAGGGACUAAGAGAAACUGAAGUGGUUGUGGUUGAAACAUUUUUUAAGUCCAUGAUGUUUGGUGGAGAGGAGAAGGAUGUUUUGUCUUCAGUUGUGACAGAUAAGUUACUUAGAGAGAGUGAGGAACCAAAUGAAGUCUAUGGUGAUUCUUCUUUGCCUCUAACUGAUGUGGCUUCAGAGGAAACAAGUGUUCUAAAAUCAGAUGACAGUGACCAGGUUGCUCCAACCAUAAUUGAGAAAUCAUUGGAUUUGGAGCCAACUUUGGACGAGAAAGUUGAGGAACCAUCAGGUUGUCAAGAAGAGUCAUCCUAUGAAAGUGCCAAGGAAUCUUUUCAACCAUCACCAAGUGUUCCCGAUGCUGAAAGCACUGAAAAUCCGACCAUUGUCCCUGUGGCUCAAAGGGAAAACACCUCUUGGAAGAGUUGCUGCGGACUCUUUGAGAUUAUGAGGGGUGGUGAUAGAUAAUUCAAGGGCAGAGCAUCUUAAAAGGUUGGACCUUGAGCUAAGGUUAUUGAGGCAUUGCACAAUCAUAGGCUGUGAGGGUGUCCUUUCUAAGGAGACAAAAUCUGUUCUGCAUGCAUUCUUUGAGCCUCAAAUUAAGGGGCAUGUUCUGCUUUGCUUUCCUGCUUCGUUUCAGAGUAAGAGUGGUUAACAUUAUAUCUUUUGAAAAACGACAAAAUGUAUGGUACAUUUUAGUUGUGGCAAAUUGUAAACUUCCAUGAACUAGAAUUUAUUAUCAAAAGUUAUCUUACAUUCACCACGUUAUGAUAUAUACGAAGUAAGUUCAGGUGUCA